AAAAUCCCAGCUUUGAAGCUGUAGAUAUGGCUGAUGGCAACGAACAAGGUAAGUGAGUUAAUCUAGAUGAAAAUUCGUAAACACUUCUCUCGAUCUUGCUCUUACAUUUUCCAAUUGAGCCUUUGUGUCUUUUGUCCGGUCUGUACAAGACGAUCAAAUCACUUUUACUUAGCUUUUGUGAAGAUAAACUGAAUCAGAAAUUAACCUGGCAGUUUUUGUAAAUAAAAUGUGAAACUAUGAGCUGAAAUCUCUUUGAUUUUCUUUUGAAUGGAGUCGCGUGCCCAUUCUGAUGAGAUUGUCACCUACAUAUGUAUGGAAGCAAACGUUGUUGUUUAGCUGCUUCUUCUGAUAAGUUAUGUGUGAUCUCUCCGUUGCCGACGCGACAUAUCAUUCGAUUCACUUAUGAUCGAAAAUUUCCAGAGUCCUGUUACUAUAUUCGUACUGAAGUUAAUUCAGCUGCUUUAUCAUAUGAAGUGCUCAGGCCACUAUAUAUCUCGACUGCCGUCAGUAUAGGCUCUUAAAUUUGCAGUGAAAAUUAAACGAAUGUAUUUUCAUUCAGUGCCAGAACGUUGCUGUUUUUACAAGUUCUACUAAAGCGUUUUGGGACCAGAGCCCGGGGGCUGGGGGCUACUUUAGGAAUUUUGGGUGAGGAUGUGCCGCUGGGACCCUGGAACCCCUAGCCAUACCAAAGCUAGUUCAGGCCGCGGUUGUUCAAACGUUGGAUAGCGCUAUCCAACGUUUGAACAACUGGGGCCAGCUGAAUUUUUCUACCCUAAACUAGACUAAUCUCCCUUAUCCUAGAGUAGCUUUUAGGUUGAUUUGCAUAAAUUUAAACUUGCCUAUUUGAUUUUUUUAAUAUUAUUGAGUGGCAAUUCUCGUUUUCCCUAGUCUAGACUAAAAUAUUCAACAAUUAAUCAGUUUCUGGAAAAUAAUACCCUAUUCUAGACCCAAAAUCUCUGAUUUAUAGACCCUAUCCCAGAGUAAACUGCUCGAAAACCAUACCCUUCGUAGCGGCACAUGCAUUUCUAGCCCAUAUAUGGCAGGGCCCCCCGGGCAAAAAGGUCACAGCGAUCAAACUGUACGCUAAAGACCCGGGGGACGGCCGGGGUACCCCAUACAUUAUGGGCUAUACGGGUAUGUGCCACUCAACAGAGGUUUUUUGCCUCUCUGACAAUGGAAGAGCAAUGAAAGAUGAAAAACUUACCCUCAGUUCCCGGGUUCAUUUUACUUCAGUUUAACUCUGGAAGAGAGUCAGUUUUUCCCCUUAAUUCCUGAUUAUUCUUUUAGGAGUGAAACCAGGCUCCCCUGACCUCGCCAAACAAAAUGCCUGAAAAUAAUAAUUUGUACAUAUUUUUUUGGCUUAUUGUCCAGAAUAGGAUUCCUAUAUUUUAAACUUAUUGCCGGUCUGAAACAGGUUCAGAGUCUCAAAGACUCCGCGGCACAUCCCCAAAGUAAAUUUAAAGGGGUACCCCCUCCGAGAAAUAUAUCUAUACAGUGCCAGUCUCCAAACUUUAACACGAACAGCAGCAGUAGUCCACUGAAAGACCUACCAAAAUUAAGAAUUUACAACCUAUUUAAUCCUAGGAAAAGACGUUUUUCCAGCACAUCAAUGUUGAGUCGGAAUUUUUGACGCGCACAUGACUCUCGCUAAUUUUCACAAGUUCUUUUUAAGAGGAAAUUAUGAAGAACAGCUUUGUUGAAAUGUUAGUUAAUCUAUUCUAAGAAAUCCUUGGAUCAUUUUUAUAACCACCGUCCUGCAUAUUAGGCUUAAUUUUUCCUUUCCUUAAUUCGAUCCACAGAGAAGCUUUACAAAGAGCCUGCUGUUCGAGCACCAACCCUCCAGCAUCUAUCUGAAAUUGCGCGAGGUCUGGGGUUUGACAUGGAAGAGAGUGAGCUGAUGGAGUACCGAGGUAAGAUUGCUUGUACGAACAGGAUCGGUGUAUUAGAAACGGUAGCUCAAUUCUACCCCCUUAGUCGUACUUUCAUGUAGCAACACCAGUGUUACGUGACAGAGAGAGGGGGUGGGGUGGGUGGGGAGCCGUUUGGCAAAACCUGACUGGAUUAACGGAACCUUUUAAUGCAUUCAUUAAAAGUGGAUACAUAGAAUGUCUUAUAUCUAAGCUCAGUGAUCUUUCUCGUGUUAAAUAGAACUUUGAUUGUUGCUAACAAAAGCCUCUUAUUACAGAGGCUAUUUCCAAGACUCUGGGUGAUACAUACCAGCGGUUGUACGAGUUACCAGAUCCCAAGCUCCCAGUCAAGUAUCCACGGACGCCAGGUUACAAACCGUCAGCAGAGGAAAAUCCUUACAAUGCUUGGUGAGGGACAAAUGUCAAUCAGAGUUCACUAGAAUAAUAUUCCAAACCGACGGAAGAGUCCGCUAGGUGGAGCUACGUCCCACUAUAAAUACUGAUUAUGAAAUGAUGAGAUUAACUACAAGUCACAAAUCUAAAGAAAUAUAAAGCCUCGAAAUAGCACCUAAAUCUAUUUGAAAAUUACUCUAAAAUUUAGGAUACAUAUUUAAAAGUUUCUUUUUUUAAUGGACUUGGAAAGGAGCAUCCCGUUUGACAAGGCUAUAUCGUAGAAGAGUGAAAUGUAAGAACAUUUGUUCUUUCGACAUUCUUUCUUUAUAAGAUAAUGUUGGUUAUAAACAAGACGGACAUAAUGGGCUAUUCAGGGAGUAUGACUUCAUGAAUUAAACGGUCGAGUCUCGUGCUAGUUCAAGAAGAGGUAUAAAUCGGUGGAGAAACCAGAUUUUCCUUGGAACUCGUCAGUUCAACUUUUAUUUUGACUGUGUUGUUUAUCAGGUACUGGCGCUGCGACAUCAAAGGAGCACCAAGUGGUAAACUACAAGGCAAGACAGUUGCCAUCAAGGAUAACACGUGUGUUGCAGGCGUACCCAUGAUGAAUGGUUCCCGGAUAUUGGAUGGCUUUGUCCCGGAUAUUGACGCCACGGUAGUGUCCCGGAUAUUGGAUGCUGGUGGACAUAUAGUCGGCAAAGCUGUUUGUGAAAACUUGUGCUGUGAUGGCGGUAGUUUUACUGCCGCUACGGGGCCUGUGGUGAAUCCACACAACAAAACGAGGAUGGCUGGGGGUUCGUCUUCUGGGUCGGCUGCUUUGGUGAGGAGAGAUGUUGAUAAGUUGAAUAUAAGAGCUCAAAAUUCACUGUUACCCCGCGAAUGUUGACCGACGACCGCCGUUACAGCGAGGUUUACAGAAUUUCCAGCUUCAAACAUUCCAGCUAUAUAACAAAUUACUUAAACACUGGUCCCUAGGAAAACAGUGGAAACAAAAUUAAAUGUUUCCCUCGGGAGCAGUCAUUUUAAAAGUCUUUAUUGUUGACUGCUUUGUUGCGUCCUUGAGGACAGAAUAUGCGUGCGUACAUGCCAGACCCCAAGCUCCAGUUGAAUAUCCAUGGACGUCAGUACAUGACCCUUUUUCGUCAAGAGCGCUCUGACUCUCCAGGACCCUCCUUUGUAUCCGCCGACGGUCUCUAUUAUCAGUUUCACUGAAGUAACUAAGUGUUUCUAUUUUUCAUUAAGGUGGCUGGAGGACAGGUUGACAUGGCAACCGGGGGCGACCAAGGAGGCUCCAUAAGGAUCCCUGCUGCCGCAUGUGGUAUUGUGGGAUUGAAACCCACGUACGGACUGGUGCCAUAUACGGGCAUCAUGCCAAUAGAGUUCACUUUAGAUCAUACGGGACCCAUGGCCAGGACUGUCUACGACACAGCUUUGAUGCUAGAGGUAAUUACUUACAGAAUACAAUUGUUCUUAGACUAACAAACACCUACUUUUAAAGACUUAAUUGAAAAAGAAAGCGUGUUACUUCUAGCCGCAAGAACGUGACACAUUCUAAGUUAACACUAAGAUCAUUUUCAAACCAAAAGAACUAAAUCUCUUCUCUUUUAACGUCAGUUUUUCAUAAAUGUUUUCUGUUGUAGAUAAAGUAGUGAAACUAUCAACCUUCAACCUUUAUUUUAGUUUGGCAACACAAACCGGUAAUUUGUUGCAUAAGCAGAUAAUAUAAUAAAGGGCAACAUAGAGAGUUAAGAAAGCGUUUAGCAAAUAAAGGUCGUAUAGCAGUUUUCCAAUGUUUUGAUAAUUAAAUACGUUAUCCUCAAUAUUCUUUAGGUUCUGGCGGGAUAUGAUGACGGACUGGACCCGAGACAGCCACGCGACCUUAAAGUACCAGAGUACACUGCCCUAGUAAGAAUUGUUUUGUUCUGAACUUGAUAUCUUCUUGUAUUCGUUCUAUUAGUCUAUCUUUGUUGACUUCGCACAACGGCUCUAUCGUGAGAAACAGUUCCUUUAAAUAACUUCCCUAAUUUUGUCCUCUUUAGCGAUCUGAAAUUUAUCACUCUUAUUCUAUCUCGUUCACAGUUGGUCAAAUGUUGACGAAUUAUUUUUUGAAGUUAGAUUCUAAAGGACUGCAUCGAAGUUCAGGAAAAGAAACGUGAAGUCCCUGUCUUGUUUCACGUCCUCCACAAAACCUUAAAUGAGGCAUUUUCAUUUUGCAUUCGUGCAAUGACGCCAAAAAAAUGUGCAAAUAAGCGUGAUACUGUACACUUGCAAGAUUGUUGGUUUGCUUCUCUAAACCUAUUGUUUUUUGAGCCAUUCUCGUUGCCGUCGCCCUCAUCCUUGCUUAAGCUCUUAUCGAUUUACUUACCGUGAUUGCUGGUGAUUGGUUUAUCGCUGUUUAUUUAACUUUGAUCAGCUCACAGGGGAGAUAGUGGGUAAGAAGAUAGGAAUCUUGAAAGAAGGGUUUGGUUUGGAAAGCUCCGAGCCGGAUGUUGACAAGAUGGUGAAGGAGGCCGCUGGACAGCUGAGCAGUGAAUGCGGCGCAGUCGUCGAGGAAGUUUCAGUCCCAAUGCAUUCGGAUGGUAAUUGAAUUUAUAAUACUUAGUACCUGUCAGAUAGCCUGUGGGGGUUUGUAAAGAUAGGUUUAUUUAGUAGGAAAAGUAGAUAGAGGAUAUAUCUGUUAGGAUGAUAAGAUGAUAUUGUAUCAAAAUAUAAAAGAGUGUGAGAAAUUGCUGAGUCCAAACGUCACGCUCAGAAUGACAAGUCUUAAAAUAUCAAGGACCACAAGGAUCUUUCCUAGGUCCUUCACUGUUUUCAAUCAUCUGUGAAGGUGUAUAACCUGCCGUUGAAUUACACAAUUCCAUUUCAUUCUCAGUAUUUUGAUGAUCGUCAUUAUGAUGAUGGUGAUAACCUCAAAGAUAUGAGUAGAUGGUUUAAUGAGAAUGAAAAGGGGGCCUCACUCAGGUUAAUCGGUUUUUUUGAAGGCAAACUCUCGUCAUACCCCACAAUCUUCUGAACAAUGAAACCUGCUUCAAUUAUCACCAAAUUAAAAAGAUUCACGGACCAUAAAGCUGACAAGUUAGAUUAAAUUAUGAAAAUUAUUUAUAAUUCUGUCGAAAAAUGUUUUUAUACUUAUUUCUAUGCAGGUUUUGGGAUCUUUGCCGGCAUUUUGCAAGCUGGGGGCGAUCGAAUGAUGCUAGAAGGAGCUGGUAGGUAAAAUAAACACUGAUUCAAAGUUUGUGAGCUUGUUGUCUGCACUUGGCCCCAAAUCCAUAAGUUCCCUUGAUUGACAAAAGUUCAAGUUGUUUAUUAUUAUGGUACAAUUGCCGCUGCAUUGAGUAAUUGAUUUUACUGAGUUCUAGUUCUUUGACGUACGAUGGCACAGUUGGUUAGUACACGGCCUUGAGUGCGAAAGGUCUUAAGUUCGAUCCCCGAUGUCUUCACAUCCUUGUUUUGACUUCUCUCCUGUUUGUGUAAAUUUAACUUGUAAAUUUAACACAGAGUACUGUCGACUUCAACUUUUACAGGUUUCGGUCAUUCCGCGGAAAUGUACUACGAUACAACUCUUCAAGAGGCUGUUUUCCGUGGUCUGAAAUGCCACUCGAAUGAAUUAUCAAGAACCACUAAAUUUAUCAGGCUGAUUGCAAAGUAUUUGCAUGAAGAGUACAACGGCGUUUUCUACGGAAAGGCGCAGAACCUGGGCCGAGUUCUAUGCAAAGCUUAUGACAAGGCCCUCGAAACUUAUGACGUGUUAAUUCUGCCCACUAUUCCAAAGAAAGCACCAGUCUUCCCGCAAGAGAAUCCUUCCCUGAAAGGUAAGGACUUAUAAAUAAACAUACCUUUAGUACUUUGCGACCGCUGACCUCCGAUUUCUUUGCGUUUAUAUUCACGUGUAUUUGUGAUUGAGCUCUGUCCAUAACCGCACUGUGGAAGAACUGAACAACUUAAGCUGAUCUUGCCUAGUUCGUAGACCUUAAAAUUUUUGCCUCACGCUAAAUGCCUUUGGUAUCAUCUCGGUGACGUCACCAGACGAAUUGACCGUGAUGGCCUGGGCGAAAGCCUUACGGGAACGAGUCAAAACCUACCACAUCUUCGAUUAAAUUACUGAAACAAAACCAACAACUUAUUAAGUUCGAAUUCAAGCUCUUUUUUUCGAGAGCUGAUUAGGGUAUAUUGCUGCACAUUUGAAAGGAGUCUUAAGAUUUUAUAGGAGCUGUGACUCCUCAGUUUCUGUAUUUGUAUUUAAAAUUUAGCCUUAAAUUUGUCCUUUUUAAUCCUUUGAGCCAAAUGGGAAUGUAACACCCUUCCCGGCAUGCUUCGCAGAUGAAACAUAUUAUCAACCUUGCUGGUCACGUGAUCGAUUUAGUUCAGGAUGGACGCCGUCGCGGAAGGGCAGUGCGAUAUCAAACUUGUUCGCUAAAAACAUGUUAAUUAACCGGCUUUAAUCCCCAAUGUCCACAUACAAAUUCUCUAAACUGAGCUCCAUACAUUUCCUUAAAGAACUAGUUGAGAGAGUUUUAGAAAAGACCACAGGAUUCCAGUUCCUUGAUUGUGUGGUAAUUAGUACUGACAAAAUUUAUGUUGAUCACUCUUGGGACGUAAAGUGCUUAAUCACCUGUAAUUAACUUGCUCAUUUAAAUAGUUGAUUCCAAUCCCAAGCAAAAUAAUCCAAAAAGUUUUAAUUACCUGUAAUAAUUACCUUGCUCAUUUAAAUAGUUGAUUCCAAUCCCAAGCAAAAUAAUCCAUGAAGUUUACUUGCUGUUUUGACAGAAUACAUGGAACGAGGAAUGGAAAACGUGGUGAGUUGCUCUCCCUUCAAUGUGAGCGGUCACCCGGCUCUGACGAUCAACGCAGGAUUUAGCGAUGGUUUACCGGUUGGAAUGAUGAUCGUGGGCAGAAAGUUUGAUGAAGCCACUGUUCUUAAUGUCGCCUAUGCUUAUGAGAAGAUCAGAGAUAGAUGCAUGUCUACGUCAUAAGAUCAGAUAUCCUAUUAAGACUUACGUCACAAAAUAAGAGACUCAAAAGAGUAGCUAUCUAUUAUAUAAAUGAAAUGGCCGUCUUCUGGCAUUUAUUGAAAUAAAAAGUACACCUUUUAAAAUCCUUUGACAUUAUAGUGCAGAUUGCAUGUAGCAACUCGACGAAGUCUUUAACAGAUUUUUGACUUGUUUUCUACAAGUUUUUGACACGUUGACACGUGGGUUUCCAUAUAUGUUCAUGCACAUGAACAUAUAUCUAAGUGAGUUUUUGUCGUCAGUGGCAAAAGGGACUUUGAAAAAAAAAAAAAGUUCUUUCAGAUCAAUUAAGGUUUCUGGUAAACUGCCCACCUACCCCUCCCCUAACUCAAUGUUAACGCUUGUGUCUCACUUAGGGCAAAAUGUUGGGUUAGGGGAGGGGUAGGUGGGCAGUUUCCCAAAAACCUAAAUUGAUCCGUUCUUUCCACUAAAGUCACCCUAUGACCUUCUGGAAUAGAUAAGGUGUCAAAUAAAAGAUAAAAAAGUGUGGAAAUGCAAGUUUAAAACCUAACAUACUUAAAAAGCUUCGAACCUUAUUACACGCCCCAUUUCAAGGGAAUCCGGAUUCCGAAAUCCGGGAAAUGUCUGCUUGUGGAAUCCGGAAUCUAUCUAGUGUUUACUGUGGAAUCCACAAUCCUCGGUUUUGGAAUCCGGAAUACAGCUCAAAGAAUCCGGAAUCCAGUACCGGAAAUCCUGAAUCCACAGGAUGGAAUCCUCCCCUUCCUUACAUGGCGCGAUUGUUAACGCCGCCAAUGCCACAAUGGAACAUCGAAUACAAAAUAAGGCGAGCCGUGGACACGUUUGUCUUCAUGGUAUAUCUGGGUCCGUUUAUUAAUCACAUCAUCAGGAGCCCAUAACCCUAGCAUUUCCAUACCCUCACCUACCAACCUACAACACUUGAAACAACAGCCGUACAAUCCCUUAACGGUUCACCAAAGCGUCACGCUGAAUUACUGCUGCCACCGUCCUUUGCGCUGUAGUGAGAACCACCUUUUCCCACUAUGCCUCGCGGUUUUUUUUGCUUUCCAGUCGCGCGAGCCCCCGGGCGCGCGGGCGGGCAAUGCAGGUGUGACACUGCACGUGUUGACGAGUUUAAAAUGUUACACGCGUAGGUUGCGUGACUAUUUGUGAAUAAGUGCCAUAUAGGAGCCCUUUCAGAUAGCUUAUUCCUUAUUCUUCGGCGUCAGUUCACGAUUCAAGCGUUUUAAAGUGUCGAGAUGGCCGAUCAUAAAGAACAAGGUAUGUGGGUUAAUUCUUAGGAUAAUUUGGGUAAACAUCUCUUUAAAUUUCAAUUUCUCUAAAAGGUGUCUUUUAUAUCAGGACCUGUGUCGUUUGCAUUUGCCCUUUUUGGUGCAUUGCGUUUCAAAGACACCCUUCUGUCUCUUCGAAAAUAUGUUACAGUCGAAUAUUUAAAUAAGGAAGUUAAAAAUCAGUUUUGAAAAUAGUUUAAGAGCUGAGUUAGCUUUAUUCAAAGUUUUAUAGUCUAGUCAAAGUAGAUCAGACCAUCACACCAAAACGUGAUUUCACGCACGCGAGGUGUUUUUCAUCUGGUUAUUUAUUUCUCUACUGAAAAUCCCGUCCUCUUUCACUCGAGUGUUACUUAUGAAAACAAUAUCUAGUACUUGCCAGCAAUUUUACACCUUUGCGAUCGCUAGUUUCCAGAAAGAGCAAAUGAGGAUUUAAAAUGUUGUGCCUGGUACUUCGCCUCCCCCGGGUGGGGAGGGGGGGGGGGGGUACUUCCGUACGAAACGGGCGUGUUUAGGGGUGCUAAGGGCAGAAAUGUUGUUUUACCAAUAUUAUCAAUUGGGCUGUGGGUGAACAAGCAUACAAUGUAAAAGGAAGAUGGAAAGGUUGGAAUUUCGGAUAGACUUUUACGGGGCAAAUGACUUUUAGGGGGAUGGGGUAAAUGAAACUUAAGCCUAAUACACGCCUAUCCUUGCAUCCCCACCCUCUUUCACACGGGAUUAACCCCCCCCCCCACCUUCCCCCAGGGAAGUUGCCUCAUAAUGUCUAAAUUUGCCGCUGGGCGAAAAAAGCUGAUGUCUUCAAAACGAUGGCCCAUAUAUCACCUUCACAGGGACGACGACUGCCUUAUAAAACACUUCAUUUUUGGUUUGUCUUUCGUGUAUUUCCGCGGCUGAAAAACCGUAUUGGUGAUGGCCUUCGUUUUGGACCUGUUUAAGGGACCUGCAAACAUGAAGAUGGGUUUUGACUUUUACUUUCGGCUCAGCUGUAUCAGGGAAAGGCCUAUCAAGAAUAGUAAAUUUACAACGUUUUCAAUAUAGGACCAGGUGUUAUUGGCUUAUUGCUACACAUCAGUGUUGAGUUGACUUGAGGUAUUAAAGUAUGGAGUACUGAGACACUCUUGACCUGGUUUAAGUUCAAUUCUUUUAAGCUUGUCGCUAGGGCGAAGGAAAGGUAACUUGAAACACGUUAUAAUAUGUAUUGUUCUGCCGGAAUCCAAAGAUUACCUUUCUGACAUUUUGGUGCGUCUAGCAUCAGUUCUCUCUUCCCUCCACAGAAAAGCUUUACAGGGAGCCCGUUCUUCGAGCACCAACCCUUCAGCGCCUGUCCGAGAUUGCGCGGGGCCUGGGACUAGACAUGGAAGAGAGUGAGCUGAUAGAAUACAGAGGUAAAUUGGACUGUUCUUUAGCAGAAAACUGGAGUGAAGCCUCCUGAAAAAUAAUCUUUGUCCCUUCUGUCGUUAUACAGUUGCUAUUUUAAAACCGCUAUUUCUUGCAGGGGCUAUAUCUAAGGCUCUGGGUGAUACAUACCAGCGGUUGUACGAGUUACCAGAUCCCAAGCUCCCAGUCAAGUAUCCACGGACGCCAGGUUACAGGCCAUCGGCAGAGGAAAACCCUUACAAUGCUUGGUGAGAGACAACUGCCACAGUUAGCCCACUACUGAUCCUAGGAGAAGCAACUUGGAGUUAAAUUAUAAAAAAAAAAACAGAACUGCAGGCUAGCAGCGACAAAUUUGAAGAGUUGUAAUGGUAGCAUCCAGUUUAAACAAAACUAGUAGUAUGGCAGCAAGGAGGGUGGGGGGGGGGGGUUACCCCCUACAGGGGCCAAAACAGGGAGGCUCCGCCCAAAUGGGGUACCUUUUUCAGGCUUCAGGCAUACGAAAGGGUAGGGAUUUCACGAGUUGAACAAGAUGAAAGGGUAGGGAAAUAUGUCAUUACAGCCUGUGAAAGGACCUAAAAGAGCUGAACAGUCACGUCUUAUGGCUGUGAAAAGGACAGAAAAACUUUCUGGUUUACUAAUUUAUCAGUAUUCGUAUUUAAGUGACUGUGCAUUUAAAAAAAGCAAUAGGUUGAAUAGGCAAAACAACAACUCUGCACGUGCAUCACGCUUUUUUGUGCAUUUCUUUGCCGUCACUGCACGACUAUGACGGGAAAAUACCUAAUUUCACGUUUUAUGGAACAUGUAAACAAGCGACGGCUAAAUUUUGUUUCUCUUUCUGAACUUGAAUUAAGUUCUUAGGUAUUCGGCUCAAAAAGAGUUCGCUUGAAUUUGACAAAGUAAAUGAGUUGGAAUAAUCGAGAAAGAGAUUGAAAGAACGCAAAUUCGUUUUUAAGCGACGUUUUCGUGGCCGUCACCGUCGUUCGAAAGGACGACCUUUUCUGUCUAAAAUGGUAUGUAAUGGGUAAAAUAUCAUCAAGUCCACAGCGACAAACCCUUGAGUCGUGCCGGAUCUCCCAGUUGUAGACCUGGAUCAGUACAAUAAUAACUUGUUGAAAACUGAUCCUUACGGCAAGGCCAUGAAGAAGUAAACAAAAGAAUAAAACAACAAACAUAUAUUUAAACAAAUUUGCCCAAUAUUUCGGGUUUGAAAACAAACCUUCAGACAGGGGCUAGAGGAAAAAGGUUAAGGGGUUGGACCUUGGGGCGGAGCCUUCUCGUAUGCCUUUGUUGAGUGCCCCCAGGUAUAGGGGCACAAAAAGGGGAAAAAAGCAUGAGUUGCAUUAUCGACCUGGGAUAAACAACGUAUACUAUAAUGCCAAGCUUAAUAGAGGAAACACCUUUACAAUAGAAAUAUGUACCAAGAAGAAUGAAUUCAUGAAACGCCCGUGUCGUAUCUAUCAAUAGGUACUGGUGCUGUGACAUCAAAGGAGCACCGAGUGGUAAACUAGAAGGUAAGACAGUUGCCAUUAAGGAUAACACGUGUGUAGCAGGUGUACCAAUGAUGAAUGGUUCCCGGAUAUUGGAAGGCUUUGUCCCGGAUAUUGACGCCACCGUAGUGUCCCGGAUAUUGGAUGCUGGAGGACGUAUACUCGGCAAAGCUGUGUGCGAGAACCUGUGUUGCUCUGGCGCAAGUUUCACUGCUGCUACGGGGCCUGUGGUUAAUCCGCACGAUAAAACAAGGAUGGCUGGAGGUUCUUCUUCUGGAUGUGCUGCCUUGGUGAGGAGAUACCGCAAUCACUUUAAUUAUAAUCUCAAGGACCCAUCUUUUCCUGCUACUUUAAAGGGGGGUCUUAAAAAGAGAGGGGGGCUUACCAAAGAGGUCACGGUAUAUAAAGAAGCCGAGUGCUUUUUUUCUAAGAUAUGGGUUGUCCAGCAUAUGGGGUCUGUCUGCAGAUACCGUCAUCACAAAUGAAACAAAGGAACCAAACCAUAGAGCUCUCCCGCGGGCUUUAUUGUUUGGUUGUAUUGUUUCUGUUGUAGUACGUAAUCUGUUCCUAGGUAGGUACAGAAGAAACCGAUAUAUGUGUAAAGUUACCACGAUGCUGGAAUUUGACAGAAGUUUAGAUCAAAUACUCUUCAUUAGUAGAAAGUAAUGACUAUUUUAAAAUCAGUUCAAACGACGUAACUAGGUCUUUUUGUGGACAUUCUAAAGGUGGCCGGAGGACAAGUUGACAUGGCACUCGGUGGAGACCAAGGAGGCUCCAUAAGGAUCCCUUCUGCCGCGUGUGGCAUUGUGGGAUUGAAACCCACCUAUGGACUGGUGCCAUAUACGGGCAUUUUGCCAAUGGAGUUCACUUUAGAUCAUACGGGACCCAUGGCCAGGACUGUUUACGACACAGCUUUGAUGCUAGAGGUAAUUACUUAGAGUUUCGUUUGUCUUAGAUCGUUAGACGUUCGGAAACAUGAUUCUUGUUGCAAAAGAUAAAAGAUAUCGCUUUUCUUUUAACAAUGGACAAUCUCGUUCCCAGGGCAGCUAAACAGUCACAACGUACAAACGUAAAACACCUUGAAGCAACGCCGGUAGAGGGACCUUGAAAAGAAAGGGCAUUAACUGUGCACGUUUAAGUGACGUUACUUCUGCGUCCUAUGCUCUCCAACAAGGUGUUUAACCUGAUGUGAAUAAUGAAUGGAGUAAAAUCUUGUUUGAGCACAUCCUCGGAGACCCAGGGGCAGAUAGAGGGGGCAAGGGAAAGUCUAGACGGGUGGAAAAAAUGGCGCGAAUAAAAGUAAAGAACUCCCCGCUAUCUGCCCCUGGGUCUCCGAGGAUGGGUUGAGCAUGUCCUACAUGUUGCUAGGAUGCAGUUUCAAAACCGGGCCUACUAUACAUAGCCGUGCGCUUAGCACAGCGGCCUCAGGUAUGAUCAUCACUUUAUCAACAAACGGAUGCUCGCACUCGAAAAACCAGUUUGACAAGAGAAGCAAGAUUGACUAGUCCAGAAGUUCGAGCUGCGGCGACUUCAAAGACGCGGUUCAGGAAGAUCCUCCUUAUCUCCUUCUCUGUCAAGAAAAGGAGGCUCUGCUCGCAGGGUGACUUGAUAAGGUUGUUCUGAUUCAAAUUGUGCAUAAGUAGCACCACUAGGAGGCUACAUCAGACUCUGGGUCUGCGGAGGGCUUGGCUUUGCUUUGUUUUGCUAAUGCUACGCCUCAGCUAAAAGAAUGUCAAUCUCUCUAGGCAUUGGCGGGAUAUGAUGACGGACUGGACCCGAGACAGCCACGAGACCUUAAAGUACCAGAGUACACUGCUCUGGUAAGUUCUUUUUAAUUUGCAAUUAUCUACUCCUUUUUCUACUGAACGCAAAAUAAAACUACAACUACUCUUAAAUGAACAUAAAUCGUAAUAAUCACUACCGGCGAGGACGCUUUGGUAUACAGUUCAGUCUUACUCAUAAAGCUUACAUGAAAUAAUGGCUGCCGUCACAUCUGGGAUACUAACUAUAGUUAAGACGGGAUAACUACUAUAGUUAGCUAUUUCGGUAAUGUGACCGCUUCUCUCUUCGCUCUAACUAUAGUUAGAAAAUUUACGCCUUGGUGAUCCAAAACCAUACGGACUAACUAUAGUUAUGCCCAAGCAGGGUUCGUGGGUUAGUUUACAAACAAACAACCAAUCAGAAUGUGACACUUCUUUUCGCACGUGUUAGAUAAGCAUAUAUAAACAUGCAAAAUAAAAAACAAGCGUGAAGCGAGGGGGAAACCAAAAACAACAAACAAAAAAUUUACAUAGGCUGAUUAGAACUAACUGUUGUUAACUGCGUGGUGUGACCGCAAUGUCGACCGAAAGCACUAACUACAGUUAGGUAUGACACCACGUAACUUGACACUAACUUAAGUUAAACUUUAGUUACGUCGUAGAUGUGACCGCAACCAAUAACAACUGGUGUAAGACUGAGUUUACCAAUCUUCAGGUUAAUCGAUGUUUGAUCUAUCUCAUUUUAAGCUCUUUUAAGUUAGAGUAUUUUAAAUAUUAAGACAUCUCUAUUCAAAACAGAUAGGUAAUUCUUUAUAAAUGGAAAAUAUAAUGGUAUAGAAACUAUCCUGAAAAGUCGAAUUGAUGUAUUUAUUAGCUGGAUAAGCUAAGUGCACUUUCCACUAGAAAAGAAUCCUUAGUAACUUCAUUCUCUGUGUCCUAGCAUUAUCUUCGUGUUUCUUUUUUGUGUCAUAAUAUAGCACCAACUUUCUACCCUGUUAAUUUGUCUUUGUUAGCUGACAGGAAAAAUAGAAAACCUGAAGCUAGGAGUCUUAAAAGAAGGGUUUGGUUUGGAGAUCUCCGAACCUGAUGUUGACAAGAUGGUGAAGGAAGCCGCUGGACAGCUGAGCAGUAAAUGCGGCGCAGUCGUCGAGGAAGUUUCAAUCCCAAUGCAUUCAGAUGGUAACUGAAAUUUUAUUUUAUUUAUUUAUUUAUUUAUUUUAGUUAUUGUUUGCAAAGUACUUGCCCAAAAGCUUGUAGUUUUUCUUGCAAAGAUAGGUUGCGUAGCAACAUGGAUAAUAUCCAUGGUAGCAAAAAAGAGGUUUAAACGGGUCCAAGUCUCCUCCGUUCACUCGGGUAGCGCGAACUCGCUUGGGAACGAGGCUGUUGAACCUCGGCUUUUAGGCGGUGAUCACGGCUAAAACGUAUUUCAGGUAAAGGCGAAAACUUAAAAUUUCUGUCGGAAACGAAUAUUCGUCGUGCUCAUUAAAGAAUCGUUCGUAUUAUUUCUCCUUUCUAUACAAGGACAUGGGAUCUUUGAAGCAAUUUUUCACAUGGGAGGUGAUCGAAUGAUGCUGAAAGGAGCUGGUAAGUAGCUUUUGUCUUACAAACAGUCAAGCUAAAGCUAUGUUAGUUUAGGAAAGAGAAGUUACUUUUAAGUAACUCCUGUUUAACUCUAGUAACUCUGUUUAAAAACGGUGAAUUCGCGCUGUUUCAAAUUUUAUCGCUAUUACUGAUACACCGCGUUAACCUUGAUUUUGAAUUUUUCUGGAGUUGAAUUCUGAAAUAAACUUACUUGAUCAAAUCAAAUUGUUGUCUUUUGUUCACGUUACCCAUAAAACGUGAAAUUAGGAAAGUUCGCGUCGUAGUCGUGUAUUAUGCAUGACAGCAAAAAAUGUACAAAAUGUGCUGCACGUGCAAUGUUGUUUUGCAUAUUAAACCUUGUUGGCCACUAGUGCAGGAGGUUUAUUUAGUAGAAAAUUAAGAGAUGAUGAUCAUUUUCCUUGGCUAAAUGUCUUUGAGGCUUGUUGGGGAAUUACUGAAAACACUUUUCGUCAAAAAUUCAUACCUCUAUUCAAUUUUCCUUUUGCUUCCAUCCAGGUUUUGGUUCUUCAGCGCAAAUGUACUACGAUACAACUCUUCAAGAGGCUGUUUUCCGUGGUCUGAAAUGCCACUCAAAUGAAUUGUCAAGAACCACCAAAUUCAUCAGGCUGAUUGCAAAUUACUUGCAUGAAGAUUACAACAGCGUUCUCUACGGAAAGGCGCAGAACCAAGGCCGAGUUCUAUGCAAAGCUUACGACGAGGCCUUUGAAAAGUAUGACGUGUUAAUUCUACCCACCAUUCCAAAGAAGGCACCAGUCUUCCCGCAACAGAAUCCUUCCCUGAAAGGUAAUGUUGUGACAUUCGUUAAUAUGCUCCUUUACUUGCGGACUCAACAGUUUAGAAAGAUGAGAGAAGUUGGAGCUCUGUUCAUAUCCGUACCGUCAAUGUCGGUGUGUACAAUUCGCCACUUUGGAAACGAGAGGGAACUGGGCCGAGUUAACUCUCGCAAAGACUUCUGGAACUGUAAUUAAGGAAAGGGAAAAAAGGGGGCAUUAGGGAGUUUAAGCAGCGACGUUUUGAAGCGACGCACGUCAACCAGAAGUGGACGUUUUGCACUCUAGAGCUGUGAUUUUAAAACAACAUUUUGUGCAGAUCAUCUCUAUAAGAAUUGAGAGACUUAGCAAUUAAAAUGUGGUAGCGUCAAUGCUUAUUAAAAGAGAAAAAGGCUCACUUCCGGUUGACGUGCGUCGCUCAAAAAAAAUCGCUGCUUAAGCUCCCUAUUGAAUAAUACCUGACCGGUGCGUCCCCAGCAACGUUUCCAGUUCCCUUCUCUCUUCUUGAGUGGCGAAUGGUCGAAACUUAUCACAUCUUCGUUAAAUUGUUGAAGCAAAGCCAUCAGUUGUAACUGCUGCUAUUGAAUAAUAACCGACCGGUGCAUCCACAGUAACGUUUCCAGUUCCCUUCUCUCUUCUUGAGUGGCGAAUAGUCGAAACUUAUCACAUCUUCGUUAAAUUGUUGAAGCAAAGCCAUCAGUUAUAACUGCUCAGAAUGCUUCUUAAAGCACUCAAGGUUGCGGUAUUUUUGCCAAAUUGAAAAUAUUUUUACUUCUUUAAAGCCGCUACUCGCGAUAUGAAAUAUAAAAUCCGUAAUCAUCCUUAAUUACUUUUUAGUUUACUUUUAAUUCUUUGGUGUUCUUUUCUUAUUUUUUUCAAAACUAAUAUUUUGGGGUUUUCUGAACGUUGUCAAAUAAUGACUUAAAAAUUGUGGCAGAGCUCCUCUGAAUCAAGAGCAAAAACGUUGUUCCUCAUCAUCUUACUAAUUCGCCCAGCUCUCUUCAAUCUAGUCAAAGUUAAAUUAAUGUCUUUGCAGAAUACGCCGAACGAGCCUUGGAAAAUGCCGUGAGUACCUCGUCCUUCAACGUCACAGGUCACCCAGCUCUGACAAUCAACGCAGGCUUCAGGGAUGGCUUGCCAAUUGGAAUGAUGAUUGUUGGAAGAAAGUUUGAUGAAGCCACUGUUCUUAACGUUGCCUAUGCUUAUGAGAAGAUCAGAGAUUCAAAAUAGUAACUGCUCAAUCUUCAUAUGAAACUGCUGCAAACUGUUCGAAGUUUUCGAAAUAUUUUACAUAGUGGUUUACUGCCAAAUCAGCAUUUAAUUAUUUUUCUUGUAGUGCUGACAAAAAAGUUUAGAAAUAACACUGCUUAAUCCCAAAAAAUGUUGUGAGAACAAAGGUCGAUGUAAGAACCUGUAAAACUCAGGAGUGACGUAAACAAAGGGAAAAAAAAAGUCAACACAAUAUAACUUGGGAAAACAAAAAGUUCAUAAGAAAGGAAAAGUUUUACAAGUUCUUGCACCAAGCUGAAACCUAAAAAAGGGAAUUAUCUGCGAGUAAAACAGGUUUUGAUUCCAAAACAAAUUCUCCCCGUAGUAGUGCGCAGCAUUUUGCUUUCUGGUAUUAGGGUUUAAAUAGUUAAGCCAACUAUAUGGUUUGUUUUUUCUGUUUAUCGUCUCUCUAAAGAUAUCAAAAUUUAAUUUUGAGCAAUCAUAAAACUCACAGCCAAUCCGCUUAACAAAUCAGGGUUGCAGCAAAUAGAUGUGUCUAGGUAGCCAGAUUCAAGCGCGGGAAAAACUCAGCUAGUGGGCAAGCCAUUACUGCAUUUGGUUUUACUUUUACAUUUCAGCCGUGUGACAUCACAGAUCAUAGGAAUGCGAAGGCAAAAUAUAUAAUCACCAGAUUACAUUCGACACUGAAAUAUAUACCAAUAUAAUGCCUUAAAAAAGUGAACAGCUAUAAAAGCAAAAGGAAACGAAACUAUAAUAUACAGCUCAUUAGUUCUCGAGCAGUGUAUUAAAAGAAAAUUCCUGAUGCUUAAGAACUGUUUUUCUUUGCGUUUACAUUGCCGUCG